CCACCUAAAAGUAUUUGUUUCUCUUUCCCCUUCAGGUGUGGUGAAUGCAUCUCUCUUCUGGAUUUUGUAGCUGUGGCAUUUUGAAUCUUUCUGCUGGCAUUUAGCCCCAGGAAGCAUUAUGUUCCAAAUGACUAAAGACUGAAAGUGAUUAUUCUUGUUACUGGUUCACAAAGCGUGCGGUGGGAAUGGCCGGGCACUUCCGCAGCUACGUAUGGGAUCCCAUUCUUAUCAUAUCUCAGAUUAUCCUGAUGCAAUGCAUCUAUUACAGUUUCCUCGGCAUUUGGUUGGCUGUGGUGGACAGCCUGGUACAGAACAGUCGCUCACUCGAUCAAGUAUUUAGCUAUGAGGUGCUGGGAUUUUCCACAGCUCAGGGAAGGCUAUCGAUGAUGGCAUUUGUCCUCAAUUCACUCACAUGCGCCCUUGGAUUGUGGUAUUUCAUCCGAAGAGGAAAGCAGUGUUUGGAUUUUACUGUGACCAUCCAUAUCUUCCACUUCAUGGGCUGCUGGAUCUACAACUUACACUUUCCCACAGCACUGAGCUGGUGGCUGGUGAACAUUGUGUGCAUUGCAUUGAUGGCUGUGAUAGGAGAGUACUUGUGCAUGCGGACAGAACUGAGGGCCAUUCCCGUGAACACUGGACCCAAAUCUAACCUGUGACACGUUGUGCAGAAUCCUGAGCACUCAGCACCUCAGAUUUGUCCAAUUGUGAAUGAAACUGCCCAAUGACCAGUGUUAAAUAUUUAAUUUCAAUGUUAACAAGACUUCUCUACACAAUGCAAUAACAUUGAAUCCUUAUUUUGGCCACUAUAAUAUAACAUGUGUAAAGUGAAAACUGUUUGUAAACUGCAUCUUUAUUUAAGGAUAAGCCUUUCUAAGCAUGUAUCUAUUCAAAAUCUGGUUGGCUGAUGAACAGAGUUGGUGAACAGAGUUCAAACUGGAAGACACCUGUGACUGGAUAUGGAUUGAUUUAGCUUUUCAGACUUGCUAAGAAUGCAGCAUGCUGGAAUUAUUGCAGAAUUCUGCUUUUACGUCUCCUCAGUGGUAAGAACUUGUCAUCUGAUCUGCCCAGUGUCUUCAUUCAUUGCAGUCAAGCUGGAAUGUUUCCCAGAGUUUACACCAAUCUUCAUUUCUGAAUCUAAAUUACCCUCAAAAGUGCUCAACACUUGGAAAUUUAAGGAAUGUUGUCAUUCUCAAAUGUGAGACCUAGAGCCUGUUGUAACACUGGGUAUAUCCGCACAGUUUUCAGUGAUUUUUAAGCAAAGAUUAAGCACCAUUGUUUUGAUAUUGAAAUAUAUCUGGUGUAAAAUAGUUUAGUAAUGAAUGAUAAAAAGCACUUUGAAACUAAAGGCUGGACCUAGACUUGAGGGACUGACCUGUGGACACAGUCCAUGACCCUUGUGCCAUUUUUUUAUUGGCAGGGAACACAGCUUAAUCUCUAUUUUGUUUAAAACUCACUGAGGAAUAAAUUUAUUGCAGUAUUGAAA